GUAUACAUCAAGAUGUCUCACAACUCGCAGAAUCAACUCUUUGUAGGGCGCCUGCCGCGAUCUUGUCAGGAGAAGGACUUGGAGGACAUCUUCUACCGCUACGGCAAGAUGCUCAGAUGCGACAUCAAGACAGGCCUCAAGAUGAGCUAUGGGUUUAUCGAAUAUGAAGAUAAACGAGACGCUGAGGAUGCUAUAGAUGGUGAGCAUGGCCGAGACAUGAUGGGAUCUAGGAUAGUGGUGGAGUGGGCAAGAGGACCCAAGUACAAGUAUCGCCGGGACGAUAAUCACCAUGGCGAUAGUCACUAUGACGACGACAGAAGACGUUCCCCUCCUCGCAGAGAUUAUCGGAGGAGAUCACGAUCGAAUGAGAGAGACUCUGGGAAAAGACCAACAGGGUCAUAUGACAGGCAGUAUGGGUCACAUGACAGACGCUCUCCCCCUCUAUCACAUGACAGACGCUCGAGAUCACCUGAUGAUCGUAGAGGAAGGUCUCGAUCACCAUCACACUAGCUGAACUGUUGCUAUAGUUACACUAGACAUUUAUUCAUGCUACUAUUAUCGUGUGAUUGAGUCUUACUAGUAAGAAUUAUUAUCCUUCGCAGACAAAA